AUGGACUCGCUCACAUUCGACGGCUACGCUUCCUACUCUGACGCCUCCACCCCCCGCACUCCGUCCCCGACAGACAUGCACUUCAACACGCCCCAAAAGCACGACAUCGACCACACCAUCCCCGCCCUCUUUGCAGACGACGACUCCUGCAGCGCCCCUGUCGUCGUCCAUCCGGAUGGCUCCUACUGGCCACCCACCUCCGCCUCCUCAUUCAACUUCUCCAACGCCAACAGCACGCGCGGCUCGCUGCUCCAGGAGCUCUACGAGCCCGAGUCGCUCACCCCCGAGUUCCAACCUCAGGAGACCACCUUCCAGCAGCAGCAGCAGCACGCCGACUGGGACCCCCACGGCCAGCAGCAGCACCACCGCCCCGGCGAGUUCGCCAUGAUGCGCCGUGCCACCUUCCCCUAUGUCCGCCACGACCGCGACGACGGCGCCAUGCCCCUCCAGCAGUACCCCCCUUUCAUGCCCUCCCAGCAGCACCACCACCAGAUCCACCACCAGAACGGUCACCUCAUGCACCACCAUCAGCAGGAGAACCUCCUCCCCGCCUACUCGCGCCAGGACUCCAUGGACGCUGCCUACGGCCCCGACAGCUUCUCCAUGUCCUCUUCGCCACACUCGUCGUACAACGAGUUUGACGAUGGCACGAACAUCAAGCUCGAGGACAACUCGUCGAGCAUGAUCGUCCCCUCGCACCCCCAGCAGCAGCAACAACAGCAAAACUUCUACCGCCCGCACUCCAACUCGUCCGCCGGUAUCGCAGGGCACCCCUCGCACCCGCACCACCCGCACCACUCCAACCACCCUUCUCACCUCUCCCACCACCCCAACCACCACCACAACGCGCACCACACAACCAACCUCCCCAUCUCCUACGUCUCCCCACACACCGGCCUCCCCGUGCAGCACACCGACGACGCUGCCUCCAAAGAAACCCAAUACCUCCGGCGGCGCUGCUUCAACUGCCACACCACCGAGCCACCCUCAUGGCGCCGGUCCACGCUCAACCCGGGCAAGAUCGUGUGCAACAAGUGCGGGCUGUACGAGCGCACGCACCUCCGCCCGCGCCCCCUCCGCUUCGAUGAGCUGCGUGCGGGGAACAAGGCGCGCAAGGCGAGUAAGGGGCAGUUGGGCGUGAAUGGAGCGGGGGGAGUGAAUGGAGGAGUUAGCCCGAAGCAGGGUAAGCUACUGGUGAAGAAGGAGCCGCGCGAGCGCGAGUUUGGGCCGAGCGGCCUUGUGCGUCGGUCCUCUGUCUCAUCGUCUGCGAGCUCGGUCCACUCGGGCAGCGGCGCGAGCGACUGGGACGAUAACGUGUCAAUCUACUCCUCCGGCAGCGCCCCGCCCACAUCCUUCAACUCGCCUGUCACGCACUCAUUCCCGCUCUCGCGCGACUCGCAGAGCCCACCGCGCGAUGGCGGGAUCCGGCUGCCCAAGAACCCGCUCUCGGACAUCGCAUCCAUGCACUCUUCCCCCAUGCACUCCGCGUCUCCUAUGCAGCACCCACAGGGUCUCUCCCCGCAACUCCUGCCCAACCAAACGCUCUCCCUCUCCCCACACCACCCCAACCAGACUCUCUCGCUCUCCCCACACCACCCCUCGCAAUCGACGACGCCGCUCCUGCCCCCGAGGAAGGCGCACAGUUCCCCGGGCGCGUUCGGUGCAGGUGUGAAUGGGUGUUAUAGCCCGUCGUUGAAUGCGUCGCCCAUGCCGAGCGUGGCGGAGAACGCGGUGUGGAGUGCGGAGCCGGAGGAGCAGGGAGGACAGGAGCAAGCGCAAAGUAAGGCGGGCAGCCCGGCGUCUUCAUGA